AGCGACACUGAAACUGGAUCUGGAUCGUAGGAUGUUGAUUUGGCAUUUGUUCGUCCAACUCCGCUUCACGAAAAAUUCCUUGAUUUAAACGUCUUGAGACACCACGAAUCUUCGUAGUUAUUUCAUCCCAUCUUCUACAUCUUCUUCAGUUGAUUUCAAGACAAAGAAUCAAUCAUGACCACCUCCCUGAACGACCUGGAUGCGCAGCUGGCUGCGCUAGCGACCGCCAACGACAGCGACAAAGAGGAUUCAAGCGACAACGAAAACGAGUCUUCUUCGAGUUCCGAUGUCGUUUUCUCUUCCGAUAGUGAAGCUGCUGAAGCCACUGCGAAAAAGAAGAAGAAGACGUCGUCACCGAAAAAGAAAUUGACGAGUAAAAAGAGAAAACGAGGAGGGGAGAAGCCGGCGGAUGGUGACACCAAGGGCGGCGAUAAAACGACUGCAAAGAACGACGCUGACGCAGAAGCUGAUGCUAAAGCUGUUGACAACACCACAGAACCACCUGCAGAUGGUGCUGAUCAGGCGGACCCUGCAACUACACAAGCCAAGACUGAGGAGCAAGACCGCAAGGAGCGGAAAAAGCUGGCCAGGAAACACGCCAGUAAGGGACUGUCGAAACUCUGCUUCGCUUUUCUCAGAGACGGCGAAGAGGGCUGCAAACACGGCGGGAGGAACAAUUGCGUGUUUGAGCACAAACAUUUGUCGCAAUUAACCGACCAGGAGCUGAUUGCGUUGCGGAAGGAUUUGUUCUACAAGCCGUUUGACGAGAAAUUAUCCUUGAAAAUCCAAAAUCUCAACAUCCCGACCUGCAAGUCCUUCAACAAAACGGGGUAUUGUCCAAAGGGGGGAAACGAUUUCUGCCGGUAUUGGCACUUAACCGACGCGCACAUCGCAAAGUGGGCGGGGUUCGGGUAUUUCUGCGAGGUUUGCACGAAACCGCUGACGAGCAAGGACGCGUAUGAGGAGCAUCUGGCGUCGAAAAAACACUUGCAGAAGGUGAAUGAGCAAAAGAAUGGGACAACAAAUGACGGUUCUGGUUGUGCAGAAGCAGAAGAUGGAAAUAAAGGUGCCGAUGCGGCAGGAGGCAGCUCUGGCGGAAAAAAGGGAGGGAAAGGCAAGAAAGGUGGCAAGAAAGGCAGCGGCAAGGACCACUACGUCGCAUCAAAAAGCGGUAAAACAAGCAGCAGUUUUAGUAGCGACAGUGGCAAGGGUGGGAAUGGUAAAAAGGGGAAGAAGGGCAAAGGGAAAGGAAAACCCACUGGAAAAAGUACUUGGAACGAGGAUGGGGCCGCUGGUACAACAUCCUGGAAUUCGAAUUCCUGGUCAACAUCUUGGUCUAGUAAUUCAUGGAACAAUUCAUCAACAAGUGCAGAAGAAAAAAGCAGCGACAUCAAAGCGACACCCGCAGCAGACGAUGCAGCUGCAGCUGCAAGCUCGACCUCCUCACAUAAGCGAAAGAGGGAAGAGAGAGAUGCCGGCGCUGAUGAAAAGCAUGGUGAUCAAAAAACAAAUGUAGCUGCUGAUAACGGGGACGGAAUGAAAACAAAAGACACAACAAACGAUGCGACAGCUGCCACAGAAGAACAACCUGCUCCGAAAAAAAAGAAAAAGCGAGGCGUUGAUCCGAGAAAACAGAAACGAGAAGAGAAGUGGAACACUGCUGCUGGUGAAGAGGCAGGCGCCUGGUGGUGAUACUAUGUGUUUUUGUUAUCAUCGAUUCGAACUGUUGAGGCUGGUACUGAAUUCAUUCGUUGUAAACCAACACAACUCAAUCUCAAGUCAUCAAAAAAGUUUAAG